AUGUCUACUCACGAGAUUCUCAUCCUAGGAGGUCACCACUCCGGAAUCAAUGUCGCACAUUACCUUCUCCGCCAUGUCAUCCCAAAGGUCUCAAACUUGACUCCCUCAACUCCUUACCACGUUACAAUCGUCACUCCCAACACCGAUUUCUACUGGAACAUCGCCGCCCCGCGCCUCAUCGUCAGCGAGACUCUCAUUCCAGAAGAGAAAGUCUUCCUUCCCAUUGCAAAGGAAUUUGCAUCCUACGAUGCCGCGCAAUUCACGCUCGUCAAGGGAAAAGCCACGGCUCUUGACGCAGAGAAGAAGACCGUGACAGUGAGCAAUGGUGAGAGCAUCACGUAUUCAAGUCUCGUGAUCGCGACCGGCUCGUAUUUUGAGUCGCCUGUAUGGCAGCUGAAUGAGACCGAGGAGAAGUUGAAGUCUGAGAUCUCGGCCUUGAGGACGGCUCUCCAAGGUGCAAAGACAGUCUUGAUUGCAGGCGGAGGAGCAAUCGGCGUCGAAACAGCCGGUGAAAUCGGUGCUCAAUUCCCCAACCACGACACCACCAUCCUCUCCGGCGGUGCUCGAUUACUCCCCAGACUCGUCCCAGGUAACAGCUCAGCCGCGGAAUCAAGACUCAAAUCCCUAGGCGUGAAGACCGUCCACAGCAUCAAGGUAUCCUCCAGCACGAAAAAUGCAGAUGGAACCACGACCGUGACUCUGGACGACGGCUCCUCCAGAAUCGUAGACGUCUUCAUCGACGCCACAGGCCCCAAACCAAACACCACGUUCCUCCCUCCCUCCUGGCUCACUUCCACCGGUCACGUCCUCACAGACGAGAAGACCCUCCGGACCAACCAGCCGGGUAUCUACGCGAUUGGCGACGUUGCGUCCUACAGCAGCGGUAGCGUGGUGGACGCCAACAACUCUGUCGCUCCGCUGGGCACCAGCAUCGGCAUUGACCUCGCCAACGCUGCUGGUCCAGGGAACGAGAAGCUGUUUGUGCAGAAAGAGUUCAAGCCGUUCAAGGAUACGCAGUUCGUGCCUACAGGGCCGAGUGGUGGCGUUGGGCAGGUUAUGGGUUUCAAGGUGCCGAGUUUGGCGGUUUGGUUGGCGAAGUCGAGGACGUAUUUUGUAUGGAUGGCGCAGGGAGCUGUGGAGGGUGGUGGUGUUAAGAAGGCGUGA